AAAAGUCUUUGAACAACAAGCCAAAAAGGAUAACAGUUAAUAUUGGUGAAUAUAUUUUUUUAAAAUCAUGAAUUAUUCGGCAGAAGAUAUUAUAUUGCUAGAUCGUGGUGCUGAUACUUCUGUUACUGUCCAUCUCCAUGGAGCUACAAUUAUAUCUUGGAGAUGUGCUGGAGAGGAAAUGUUAUUUUUAAGUAAAAAUGCCAUAUUUGAUAACUUGAAAGCUAUUCGGGGAGGAAUACCAUUAGUUUUCCCUAAAUUUGGACCUUGGAAGUAUGGACCACAGCAUGGUUUUGCUCGCGUUUUACGGUGGAAAGUUGAAAUGCCACCUAAAAAGGAUAAAAAUGGAAAUGUAUUUGCUGCUCUUAGUUUGGAAGAUAAUGAUUUAUCAAGGGCAAUGUGGAAUAUAAUGUUCAAAUUGGUCUACACUAUUCGUCUUGAAGAAUCAGCAUUACAUAUUGACUUCACAGUUCAUAACACAGAUAAAAUUACCUUUGGAUUCAACUGUUUACUACAUACUUACUUAGCAACCCCUGAUAUAACUAAAUCUGGAAUCAUAGGGUUACAGAAUCUCAACUAUCAAGACAAGGUUAAUAACUGUGAAGAUGUUGAGGAAAAAGAAGAACUCAUAGUUCGAGAACAUAUUGACCGAAUUUAUAUGGAUGCCCCAAAUGAAAUAGUAGUAGGCAAUAUGGCUGGCAAUAGAAGUCUAAUGCUGAAAACAUUCAAUUUCCCUGAUAUUGUUAUUUGGAAUCCAUGGAGAGAGAAAGCAAAAGCAAUGCUGGACCUUUGUGAUAGUGAUUAUAUGAAAUUUGUUUGUGUUGAAGCUGGAAGAGUAAACAAAGAUAUUGUCCUGAAACCUGGUCAGAGCUAUGAAUGUAGUCAAAUUUUAGCUGCCAUUACAGCGCUUUUGUAAUGGAUUUCCAUUUUGUUUCAAUAUACUUUUUCGGAAAAGGGGGAAAAAAUAUUCAAUCCAGUAAGUUGAAAUAAA